GCCGUUAGCUCGGUGAUGGAUCUGUUCGACGACCUGCCGGAGCCCACACAGAGCUGCGCGUCUUCAUUUCAGCUCAUGUCCUUUGUGUUUUAUUUUGGUUCUUCUUCUUCAGGUCUAAUUUCAGCAGCUUCACCAUCGCCCACCAAGGAAGAAGAAGAAGAAGAAGAAAAGGAGGAGGAGAAAAGAUUAAAAAGAAAGCGUGACGAUGCAGAUUGUCACGCUGAGCGGGAGGACGAGGAGCCAGCGGAGAUCAAGAAAGUUUGCAAAGAAGGUCUCCCCGUGCUCAAAGGCUUCGUGGCGGCGAGGCGUGGUGAGCGGGACGAGAUGCAGGACGCUCACGUGCUACUGCCGGACAUGAACGUGUGUCUGUGUGCUCUGCCCGGACACGUGUCUCAGGUUUCCUUCUUCGCCGUGUUCGACGGUCACGGAGGAGCUCGAGCGUCUCGAUUCGCUGCUGAAAACCUCCACGCCAACCUGGCCAAGAAGUUCCCCAGCGGAGAGAAAGAGACGUUUGACAAGCUGAUGAAGAAAUGUCUCCUGGACACUUUCAGACAGACGGAUGAAGAUUUCCUGAAGAAAGCGUCGAGCCAGAAGCCGGCAUGGAAGGACGGCUCGACGGCGACCUGCGUGCUGGUGGUGGACGACACGGUGUACGUGGCCAACCUGGGAGACAGCAGGGCAGUGCUGUGUCGGGUGGAGGCGGCGGCGGCGGCGGGAGCAGACGGAGAGAAGAGGUCGCUGACUCUGUCUCUGAGCAGAGAACACAACCCGACCAUCUACGAGGAGAGGAUGAGGAUCCAGAGAGCCGGAGGAACCGUCAGGGAUGGCAGGGUGUUGGGGGUCCUCGAGGUGUCUCGCUCUAUCGGAGACGGUCAGUAUAAACGCUGUGGUAUCAUUUCCACCCCCGACCUGAGGAGGGUUCAGCUCACAGCCAAUGACAGGUUCAUCAUCCUCGCCUGUGACGGUUUGUUCAAAGUGUUUUCUGCUGAUGAAGCCGUGAAAUUCGUCCUCAACGUCCUGCAGGAGGGGAGUGUGGAGCAGAAGGAGGGGCUGACGGAGGAGGAGCUGCGGUUUGACGCCGCCUGCCAACAGUUGGCGAGUGAGGCUGUGAGGCGGGGCUGUGCCGACAACGUCACUGUGAUCCUGCUCUCUAUCGGCUUCUGAAAAUAUGCAUCAAUGCAUCCUUAAACUU